AUGUCUUCUUACUAUCAACACUUCAACGCUCAUCAACAGCAUACUACUCCUUCAAAUGUCCAAAAUGGGUCGGUACACAAUCGAAACAGUCGCCGAAAUACCCGGUUACCACAAAAUGCCGCCCAAGCCAAUAAGCAGUACCAGAAGAUCGUGAAACGUGAAGAGGAGGCUGCUGCGGUGAUAAGUUAUCGUCGACUUUUUGAAUACGCAAGAUCGUUCGAUUUAGAAGACGAUGCAGAGUUCUGUCCAAACCUUCUAACUGAAGAAGAUAUGGUCUCCAUCAAUGGUUCGGCUUCUGAUCGUUCUUCCUUGUCAAGUGGAUCACCUACGAAUUCACCACAAUCGACACAGGUAUCGGUAAAUCUGUCUCCUGAUACGAACUUCUCCCUCAACUCCAACUCUCAUCCGUUCAUUUCAUCCGGUUUCAAUGUAUCAGCACUAAAGAUUCAUCAACCUUCCGCUACACGUAUUGGCAGAAACGCUAUUCCCAUUGUGAAUCCCAAUGAUGGAGGAUUAAUGUCGAGCCCACCUUCCUCGGUGUCACCCGCCAGAAUGCAGCAGCACCAACAACAAACAAGAGUUCCUAUCCGAUUUUAUUAA